AGGAAGCAAGUUUCCGCUUUAAAAAAAAUGAAUACCAAAGUCAUAAUAGCUGGAUUGAUCUUUGGAGUACCGAUUAUUCUCUUUGGUAUUAUUGGUAACUGUUUGGUGGUAAUUGCCGUGUCAAAGAAACGAUCUCUGCGAUCGACAACGAACUAUCUUCUCGUGAACCUAGCUAUUUCUGAUGUAACCUGCUUAAUUUUCUCUUUAAUGGCAGUGUUUGCUGAAUAUAUCCCCUUGACGAGCGGUACACUGGCAGACAUUAUGUGCAAGUUUUUCUUAUCUUACAAUGUUCCUGCUAUGGCAAGCAUCGUAUCUAUACUAACACUGACUGUACUUGCUGUGGAGAGAUACCACGCUGUUGUCAAGCCGAUGAAAAGGUGGAUGAGACUGAAAGCAAACACCAUUAAGUAUGCUUUCUGUGCAAUUUGGCUGACUGGGAUUCUCUUUACACUACCUAUGUUCAUUAACGGCUAUUAUAAGGAGACAUCAAAGUCAUGUCGACAAUAUUUAUACUGGAAUCGCUUGGGCUACCUUACCUAUCAAGUCUCAAUCAUUGGUUCCGUCGUCUUCAUUUCCUUUGCUGUGAUAGUGGUAUGCUACUUUCAUAUCGUUAGAAAUUUAUAUUUCAGGAAGAAAAACGUUAAUUUUGGAGAGCAUUCAGUUGCAGAAAGACUUCGUAAUCAACGCAAGCGCCAUGUAGUUAAACUUUCUCUCUCAGUCACUUUAGUAUUUGUUGUAUUUCUUCUUCCUUUUGGAAUUUUGAUGAUUCUGAAGUUCUUUAAUGAACGAGCCUACCGAAGCUACUACGAAAUAGCUGCCAUUUUGUUUUUCUUAGAAGCUGGUAUUAACCCAUUUUUGUAUGCUUUCCAAAGUACGAACUUUCGACAAGCGUUCAAACAAAUAUUGAAAUGUUCUUAAAUUUAACUUAUAACGCCGAUCUCAAGUGUUUUUUCUUCCAAAAGUCCGCUUCUCGAUUGCUUCAGUUUUUAGUCUCUGUUUCGUCAGACCUAGUAAUCACUUCACU